AUUUUUGGCAAAAAUUCAAAAUCUUAGUCCUAUGAAGUACUAGUAUUUCCUCCAAAACUCCUACCAAUAUUAGACUACAUUUUCUGUUCAUUUGUGUGUGGGACUGUGGGUCUUCUCCUUCGUUCUGGUUCAUUCAGCAAUCAACAUUCAGCAUCAUUAGUCCUAGACUCCUAGUCUUGAGUGCUGUGAAUUAAACAUUAACAAUGGUGAGGCUAAUGAAAAGGCGAAGGGAAACUCCAUCAAAGGAAUGCAGUACACAACAUCCCCCUGAAUUUUUCAAGAUUUAUCUGCCGGAACAUAAUUCAAAGCAAUUGGUAAUACCGCCUGCGUUUAUAAACAACUUUAAUGGGAGGAUUCCAAGCAAAGUCGUCUUGAAAAGUUUACAGGGAAAAGAUUGGAAUAUAGAGUUGGAACACGAUGAAAGGAAACUACUAAUGAAAAAGGGUUGGGAUCGCUUUGUGAUCGAUAAUUCAUUAGAGCGAGGAGAGUUUCUGAUCUUUUCCUAUAGCGGAAAUACUGUGUUCAUUGUCAAAAUAUUCAGUAUCAAUGGAUGCGUUAAAGAAGAAAGCAAAAACAUCGAUGACCAUUCUUACAUGAAUGUGGAAGAAGAGUCAAACUUAGAUCACGAAUUCAGCCCUUCUUUGAGUUUUAAAAAGGGCAUGCUACUUGAACCAAUAGAAGUAUCUGAUGAUUUAUCUGAAGCAAUGCCCGAAGUGGUUCAAGAAAGAACCGUUCAAUCGAAGAACAUACGAUUUUCAAAAUUCAUUGAUGGAAGGGGAUAUGUGCAUAUUCCUGCAGCCGUUCUCAGAGAAAACAAUGUAAAGUUGCCCAGACCGACUAAGGAAGUACUUUUUCGGUACAAGAGGGUUUCGCAGGUAGCGAAGGUUGUUCAAACAACUAGGAGACGUGUUCGAUUUAGUACUGGAUGGAAAGAUUUUCAACGUAAGUGUAAAAUCGUCGAGGGUGAUGAGUGUGAAUUUGACAUUGUCCUUGGUAAUGAUAGACAAAUCAAAGAAGUUGUGCUGUUGCGAAUUUGCUCCAAUACUAGACAAUAGCAUUGUAUGUGAAUGUGUAUAAUGAAGCCAAAUUCAUCUUUUGGGAACAAGGUUGAUGUGUAUAUGAAGCUUUUGCCCUAACACUAGAAAUGUAUUUUUGUUUCCUGUUCUAAUGUAACGGGAUAGCACAUCCGUAAAAAAACCCAUUUUGGAUAUUAAAAAAGGUUUUUUUAUUUUAUUU